AAGGAGCCCUUCUGUCACUGGUCCCUCGCUCGCUCGCUGGCUGGCGGUGGGAGGAGCCGGGAGGAAGCUGUGCGCCGGGGAGGCCGGGAGCGGAGAUGGAUCUGCUCCGAGAGGGGACGCUGCUGACGACCCCGGCUUCCCGAGGCGGCUAGAGACAGGCCACUUGUGCCGCUGGCUGCGGAGACCCGAGGCGCAAGAGCCGGAGGCCACCGGGACCGCCGGACAGACGGCUGGUGGGCGACCCCGCGAGGACCGCGGCUCAGGCUGAGCCCCGCGAGCCGAGGACGAGAAACUCACUGCGAGCCCAAGUUGUCCACCGGCUCGCCCUCGCAGCGCCGAGGAAUGAAACCUUUCCAGCUCCACCUGCUCCUCGUCUGCUUCUUCCUUUUCAGUCAAGAGCUGGGCCUCCAGAAGAGAGGAUGCUGUCUGGUGCUGGGCUACAUGGGCAAGGACAAGUUUCGGAGAAUGAAUGAAGGCCAAGUAUACUCCUUCAGCCAGCAGCCCCAAGACCAGGCCGUGGUGUCGGGGCAGCCGGUGACACUGCUGUGUGCCAUCCCGGAAUAUGAUGGCUUCGUUCUGUGGAUCAAAGACGGCUUGGCUCUGGGUGUGGGCAGGGACCUCUCAAGUUACCCACAGUACUUGGUGGUAGGCAACCACCUGUCAGGGGAACAUCACCUGAAGAUCCUGCGGGCAGAGCUGCAAGAUGAUGCCGUGUACGAGUGCCAGGCCAUCCAGGCUGCCAUCCGGUCCCGCCCCGCACGCCUCACCGUCCUGGUGCCGCCAGAUGACCCCGUCAUCCUGGGGGGGCCCGUGAUCAGCCUGCGGGCAGGGGACCCCCUCAAUCUCACCUGCCAUGCAGACAACGCCAAGCCCGCAGCUUCAAUCAUCUGGUUGAGGAAGGGAGAGGUCAUCAAUGGGGCCACCUACUCCAAGACCCUGCUCCGUGAUGGCAAGCGUGAGAGCAUCGUCAGUACCCUCUUUAUCUCCCCCGGAGACGUGGAGAACGGGCAGAGUAUCGUGUGCCGAGCCACCAACAAAGCCGUCCCUGGAGGCAAGGAGACCUCUGUCACCAUUGACAUUCAGCACCCCCCGCUUGUCAACCUCUCGGUGGAACCACAGCCAGUACUGGAAGACAAUGUCGUCACGUUCCACUGCUCUGCAAAGGCCAACCCAGCUGUCACCCAGUACAGGUGGGCCAAGCGGGGCCAGAUCAUCAAGGAAGCGUCUGGAGAAGUGUAUCGGACCACUGUGGACUACACGUACUUCUCAGAGCCUGUCUCCUGCGAGGUGACCAAUGCCCUGGGCAGCACCAACAUCAGUCGCACGGUGGACGUCUACUUCGGACCCAGGAUGACAACGGAGCCCCAGUCUCUGCUCGUGGAUCUGGGCUCCGAUGCCGUCUUCAGCUGCGCCUGGACCGGAAACCCAUCGCUGACCGUUGUCUGGAUGAAGCGGGGCUCCGGCGUGGUCCUGAGCAAUGAGAAGACCCUGACCCUCAAAGCCGUCCGCCAGGAGGAUGCUGGGAAGUAUGUGUGCCGAGCAGUGGUGCCCCGGGUGGGAGCCGGGGAGCGAGAGGUGACCCUGACCGUCAAUGGACCCCCGAUCAUCUCCAGCACGCAGACUCAGCACGCCCUCCACGGAGAGAAGGGCCAGAUCAAGUGCUUCAUCCGGAGCACACCGCCCCCCGACCGAAUAGCCUGGUCGUGGAAGGAGAAUGUGCUGGAGUCGGGGACGUCGGGACGCUACACGGUGGAGACGGUCAGCACGGAGGAGGGUGUCAUUUCCACCCUGAGCAUCAGCAACAUCGUGAGGGCUGAUUUUCAGACCAUCUACAACUGCACUGCCUGGAACAGCUUCGGCUCCGACACAGAGAUCAUCCGGCUCAAAGAGCAAGGUUCGGAAAUGAAGUCGGGAGCCGGGCUGGAAGCAGAGUCUGUACCCAUGGCCGUCAUCAUCGGGGUGGCCGUAGGAGCUGGUGUGGCCUUCCUGGUCCUUAUGGCAACCAUCGUGGCCUUCUGCUGUGCCCGCUCCCAGAGAAAUCUCAAAGGCGUUGUGUCAGCCAAGAAUGAUAUCCGAGUGGAGAUUGUCCACAAGGAGCCUGCCUCUGGCCGGGAGGCCGAGGAACACCCCACCAUCAAGCAGCUGAUGAUGGACCGGGGUGAAUUCCAACAAGACUCAGUCCUGAAGCAGCUGGAGGUGCUCAAAGAAGAGGAGAAGGAAUUUCAGAACCUGAAGGACCCCACCAAUGGCUACUACAGCGUCAACACCUUCAAGGAGCACCACUCGACCCCCACCAUCUCCCUGUCCAGCUGUCAGCCGGACCUGCGUCCCACCGGCAAGCAGCGAGUGCCCACGGGCAUGUCCUUCACCAACAUCUACAGCACCCUGAGUGGCCAGGGCCGCCUCUACGACUACGGCCAGAGGUUCGUGCUGGGCAUGGGCAGCUCGUCCAUCGAGCUCUGCGAGCGCGAGUUCCAGAGGGGCUCCCUCAGCGACAGCAGCUCCUUCCUGGACACGCAGUGUGACAGCAGCGUCAGCAGCAGCGGCAAGCAGGACGGCUACGUGCAGUUUGACAAGGCCAGCAAGGCCUCCGCCUCCUCUUCCCACCACUCCCAGUCCUCUUCCCAGAACUCCGACCCCAGCCGACCCCUGCAGCGGCGGAUGCAGACUCACGUCUGAGGAACCCAGACCGCGGGCAGGCGGGGAUGCAGGGGACAGGGGCCAUGGCACAUCCUGGCUCUCCAGAUACUAUGGGGACUUUGCAGAGGAUCCCAGAACCGGCCGCCUCCAGAACAAUCCCCCCAGUGCCUCUGCCACCGCCCUCCUCUGAAGCCCUGAUCAAGCACAAAUCUGGGUCCCCAGCUGCAGUGUGCCAGAGGCGUGGGGUGGGGAAGUGUCAGAGGAUGCAGCUGAGUCCUCCAGGCUGGACACUCUGGUCCCCAGCCCUUUCCUGGAGGCCCCUCCCUACCUACUCCUCCCACAGGCACUAGAGGCAGCUAUCACUUUGCUUUAAUGAAACUGCCGUCCACUCUCCAGUCUCCCCAUGAGCUCUGCCCAGUGCUGCCCUGCACCUGUGCUCCUGUACAACCCUGGGGACAAGGGGUCGAAGCGCUCCCCAUCCCCCACUCGCGCACUGAGCUGCCCCAGAGACCCCAGUGCCCUCUGCUGCUCAGAGCCCAGCCCCUGGAGGCCAAGCAGCCAGAAAUGGCCCUGGCCACAGGACCAUCCCUCACCACACUGGCUGGGAGCCCACCCCCAAUUUGUUUGGUGUUUUGUGUCCCAUACUCUUGCAGUUCUGUCCUUGGACUGGAUGCCUCUGAACUGAGGUGGGACUGACCCCCGCAGACUGGUGUCCUAGGGUGGGGAAGGGAGGGAAGCAGGGAAAGUGUGAGCACUCGGGGAACACCGCGCCCAGCCUGCCCUCGCCCACCCACCCCUGCUUCGUGUACUCCUCUCCACCCCUGCAGCACAUCAGAGUUAAUAUACAGAGUGUGAGAGCUUCUCUGCUCAUGGGGAGAGUGAUUCCUGGGAGAUGCAGGUUGGAGGGACUAGAGGCUGAGCUCUUUAAGGUGAUGAGACUUGCCUGCUGAGCUGAUGAACCUCCAGGGAUCUAGAUUCACACCAGGAACAGUGGUCCUGUCUUCAGUAAGACUCCCCGGGCAAGGGAGGAAGUAUACUGACACCUCACCCCUCCUACUCACCACCUGGGAAUAAAUGUCAGGGCCGUUACUCUGACAAAUCCGUUCUUUCCUUUUGUUCCUGCAGAGCCACAGGAAGAACCCAAGAGUUCAGGGUUUGUUUUGGGAACCCAAGGUUCUUUGCCCUUGUUUGAUCCAUGUUUCCUAGGUAAUGAAGGCUGUUGCUAGCUCUGGCUGUAGCGGCUGUAGCACCGAGAGGCAGUUUCCUCUCCUUAUGGCUGCGCCCAACCCAGGGGCCAUGCAGAAACAGGACUCACCACGCAACCGACUCAUGUCACAUACAGCUCAGAGGCAAAGUGGUCGUACUGGGCACUAGAGGGAGGGGUCAUUCUAGGCCUUUUUCUCAGCAACAUUCUGCAAGGGAAGCUCCUUUCUUGGGGGUUCCCGGUAAAAGGCCCUCUUCAAAGAGGCACCAAAUACCGCAACACUCUGAGACUCAAAUCAUGCUCUAAGGAUGGCCUUGCUUGGGCGGGAAGCCUGAGACAGUGACGACCGACGGGACGGAAUGGGUAAACGGGCAAGUUAGAGGGCUCACUCAGGGAGCAGGAUUCAAAUGGAAUUUUGGAGAACCCAAAUUGUCCCUAAAGUUGGAGUUCCUCGUAAGUUUUAGGCCCUUCUUCUCCACCUUGCCCUGUAGUCCUAACCCACCACGGAACCUUCGUCACGAAAGUCUGUGCUUCUUCCCGUACACUGAUUCCUUGGAUGGCCCCAACCCCCCGACUCUUUACGCAGCCUUCUUAGCACCUCCACAUAGAAGGGUGUUCUGCUUCCACCAUGUUUCCCACUGCUUCAAAACCCCCCGAUGCCCUAGAUGUCUUGCUUUGCAGCCCCAAGCCCAAGGGAAGAGAAACUGAUGUGAAGCGGAAGUUUAUAUCCCAGGCCCACAUCCUGCUCCUAGGCCCAGUCUGGCCCAGCACAGAUGCCAGGGGAUUGGCCCCGGAGCGUUUCAGGUUCAUCUUGAUGAGCCUUCUUCCUUCCCAUAUACAGAGGAUACCAAAAUAAUGGAUACACAUUUUAAGAAAGGAAAAUAUUAAAAUUGGAAUACUCAAUAUAUACUGAUCACAAAAGAUGAAUACAAGUCACAUUUGACUUCUGCAAUUACAAGAGGUGCUCAGAGUGGUUCCCAUCAGUGUCCAGACACUUUUGAUUACGGCGUAACUACUGCUUGAGCCACGUUGACCAAAGUGUCUACUUGUAUACAUUUUUUUGGCACCUCUGGUAUGUGUUGCCUUUGCCAAAAGGGAGUAAGUUUCCAAGACCAGAAUACCUUGGUAUGCUAGAAUAAGGAAGAGGAUGACUUAGGAGGGUUUGUCCAUGAAUUUCUCCUGGUCUUCCCUACCUUGGAGGCGAGUGGGAUAUCUCCCUUCUAACCCUCGCCACGGCCUACCUUGUCCCUUGCCCCCUGCCACAUACACACAUAUACACGGCUUUCAUAACAGGGGAGAAGCACUCAUUCUCUCCUGAAAUCCAGGGCUAUGACUCAGAAUAAGCAGAAGCACAGGGAAGUAAGCUGCUCUCCCGUAGAACAGAAUGGCCUCGUCUCCCUCCUGAGCUUCAGGCACGCCCAGGGUGAGAAUGUGAACUGUCACAGAAUAGGCGCAAAGAGUCAAGACUCUGCCAUCCAGUGCCCAACCCCCAAGCACACUCCAAUUCACAAAUACAGCAAAGGCUGUUGAAGGGAUGGGUAACAAGUAAGCCCUUGGCGAAAGAGAAUUAACAAAGAGGGAGAAAAUUAAAAGCAUCUGGUGCAGGG